GAAGGUUGGUGACAUUGAAAAGAUUGGUUUAUUUUUGUUUGAUGUGAAAUAGAAAUAGAAAACCUGUAAAUAUUAUUAAAUGCAAACCCAUGCUAUAUCAUUCAUUUAUUUAGGACUUUAGAAAUGAUUUUCAUAUGUAAGUAUAUUAUUUUGGCAGAGAGCUUGAGAGCCUUUUUAGUUUGUUGGUUGGAUAUGCUGGUCGAAGUUAAGGAAUGCAAUAUGUCUUCUAACAUGGUGCCCUAAUUUCACGAAGUCCUUUUAAAAGGACUUCCAACGAAGUUUUACUGGGUAUCAAAACUUUUUAGUGUGGAGAAAAAGACCGCGAAACUUUUAUUUAUUACUUGAACACAAAAAAAUUUGUUGUGCCAAAACAUGGAUAGCACCGAGUACGAGCUGGUAAGAAACAUGACGUUAUUGUUUUUCCUUGAAAGACUGAUGGACAAGGGAGGCCCCAGAACCCUUCAUGACCUUAGCUGUCAAUUUGGAUCCAAGGGCUUCACGAAAGAAAUGCGGCAGAUUGCUGGAGGGUCUCAAUCUGGUUUGAAGAAAUUUCUAGCCCAGUACCCUUCUUUGUUUUCCAUAGAUGGAGAUUAUGUUUAUGUAAAUGCUUUCAACACGGUGAACUCUGACGACGUGGACAGCAACGGCAGCGGAAGUUUGAAGUACGUAGGCAAUAAAAGAGACUACGCCCAAGAGGCGGUUGAGUAUUUUUCUAACAAGCUAAUUCAAUAUGGUGUUGGUACAGAGGUACCAAUUAAGAGCUUACUGGGUCAUCGUUCUCAGGCAUCACCUGAAGUUCGUCAUAUAUCGGGUCAACAUGUGAAGGAAUUUAGGGAUUUCUUGUGUCGUUUCCCGGAUAACUUCGUUGUAAAGGAAGAGACUGUCAUUUUGAAGGAAUAUGAAGGACAAGAACCACAGCCCUUCCAUGAGCUUGAGCAAGUUCAAAUUGAUCCGCAGGUGACUUAUCGAUUGCUUGCUUUCUUUGCUGAAUGUUUGGAGAUCAAUGGCCCAAUUCUUGUUGAUCAGCUGUUUCAGUUUGUUGUAACUCAGUUCCCGAAAGAUGAUUGGGCUUGUAUUUUCAAAACUCCGCAGGAUCUAAAUACUUUCUUAAAGAUGUACUCAGAUGCCUUCCAUGUUCAGGCGAACCUUGUCACGUUAAUUUCAUCCCGGGGGAUAAAACCUUGUGAACCAUCUCAACGUUCACAAGUUUCACCUAGUCAUCAACCAGGUGUUAGAACUACGUCUCCCAGCACCAUUACAUUGUCAUAUGUUAAUUGCAACAACAACAACAAUAACAACAAUACUAAUAGUAACAUAUCCUCUGUCAGCAACGUAAACAAUAACUUUCCAUCGCCAUCUGUUGAGACUCCACCGCCAACUCCUGCUAGCACCACUGUUCCAAAUGUGCCAGUUGGUUUGCAAAACCAAUCUUUGAAGCAGAGGAUAAAUAGCCUGGUUAUGAAGACGCUCGCAGACAACACAGAGAAAGAUCGCAACUAUGCAGCGGCAGCGCUCGCUAACAACAGCUCAUCAGCUGGAGAGAACUGGAAAGUGAGGGUGUUCCAGUCAACGCGGGUCGUGGUGAACCCCAAGGAGUGCCUGCAAAUAGUUGAUGACAUAUUGUCCAGGGCAAAGCCUGGAAAUCCUGUUGCAGUGUCUUUCGAUUGCGAAGGCAUCAACCUCGGCGUGAAAGGACAGUUAACUCUCUUCCAGUUUGGAACUGUGACUGGGCAGGCAUUCAUAUUUGACCUGGUGACAUGUCCAUCACUCGUAACUAUGGGCGGUCUGCAGAGAUUACUGGAGUCUGAACUUGUGACAAAGGUCAUUCAUGAUUGUCGCAACGACAGUGUCAACUUGUACAGCCAGUUUGGGAUCACGCUUCGAAAUGUCUUUGACACGCAGGCGGCCCACGCAGUCCUGCAGCUGCAGGAAACGGGCAAGCCGGUGUACAAGGUGAAGAACGUGAGCCUGAACACGCUGUGCGAGCUGUACGACGCCCCCGUCAACCCCAUGAAGGACCAGCUGAAGAACGUGUACCGCCGCGACCAGCGGUACUGGGCACGCCGCCCGCUCUCCCGGGACAUGAUGCUGUACGCGGCCGCGGACGUCCUGGCGCUGGUGCCCCAGGUGUAUCAGUCCAUGAUGCGGCUGAUCCAGCCGGGCUACCACGCCCUGCUGGCGGAACUGUGCGACGAGCAGGUGUUCAUGCACAUUCGCCCCGCGGAGGUGAAGCAGCGCAAGAAGCAGCGCAAGGUGGAGACGGAGGUGGCCGACCUGCGCCUCAAGCUGUCCACCGUGCAGAGCCGCAGCGUCGUCCUCAGCAACCGCGAGAUCCGGCUGCUCAGGUAUCUAGAUCUGACAGAAGAAGAGAAAGAGAAGCUUAAGGGAUCAUACAAAGUUGCUCGCAAACUCGAAAAGCUCGACAGUCUAGGACAAGACAGGAAUGAGAAGAGCAGUGAUGAGGACGAUGACGAAGAUGAGGUGUGUAAUGGUGUCAACGGAGAGUAUCCUAGCUUGGACAGCUGCCACAGUGGGAAGACUUCGCCGUCCGAGAACUCCCAUUCAGGCGGUGUCAUGUCCCCCCACACCCCGAGCUCGGAGCCCCCCAGCCUCACCGAGUCCAUGCACUUGAUGGACGAGAUCCUGUCGGACGUUCGGAUGGACCGGCUGGAGAAGAUCGAGCGGCUGGAGGCCGUCCUGUCGGCGGCGACGGCCAACGUGCCGUCGAGCGGCGAGCCGGAGCCCCGGCGGCAGCAGUGCUCGUGCAGCUGCCACGACGGGGCGGGCCCGCCCUGCCCCAGCGGGGUGUCGGACGCAGCCUGCCAGACGCUGUCCACCGGCGACGUCGUCAUCACGCGCAUCUUCUUCAAGGAGGAGGAGAGGGAGCUGGAGAAGACCAUCACGGCAUCGCCCAGGAAGGUCAGGGAAAGUUCUUCCUAGGGAUACUCAAUCACUUGCUUUGUCUCUCGGUUUGUAAAACGUGUUGAACGUGUUAAUUAUGUUUUAUAAUCAGUACCUGUUUAAAAAAUUAAUGAAAUUUGAAUUCUCUAGAAUUUGCUUUUAACUCAUGCAGUUUUUAAAACUAUGUAGCUAAAUACAUAUACAUUUCAAUAUCAGAUUUUAAAUAUUGAAUACAUAUUGAAGCUAGUGAUUGAUAUGUAGUAGAUGGUUUUUUUUUUUUUUUUAAUUGUUUGUUACUAUUCUAAAAAAAAAAGGUAUAGAUAUUUUAGAUAUUUAUUUAAUCAUUAUCCUGUAAUAUUCAUUUUUAUUAAUUUAUUAUCAUUGGUUAUGUGUUUUAAUUUAAUUUGAUAGUGCCUUAAUGAUUAUGUAAGUACUAUAAAAUUUCAGAAUAUUGUGGUUACCACAAGAAUAUUAAAAUUCCGAAUGUAACUUUUUACUCAUUGGUUUAUACCAAACAUUGUUGCUGUUGAUGUUUUAAAUCACUUUCAUUUAGAGAAGUACUUGUGUAUUAAAUAAUGCAUGCUAAAAUGGGAGAAAUUUCAGGCAGGUAAUCUUACGCUGUAUUCACUGGUUUGUGUUCAAACCCAAAAGUCAUCAUAGCUGCAUUUGAUAAAAUUCAUUUAUUUGGGAGCUUAAUUUUGGCUUAAUUGUUGUGUAUGCAGAACAAUUUUCUGAAGGAUGUUGUGGUUAGGCUUCCAAACUCUUUACAUAGAUAGAGUCUGGGUUGCAAAAGCAUUGCCAUUUGAACUAUCCCAUAAGUAAAGCAUUGAGCAUGUGUACUGUACAUUUGAUGGUCAUUCAGUAUGAUAAACUGUAAAAAAAUAUAAGAAUAAAGGAAGUUACAGAAACCCAGUCUUAGAUAAUUAAAUGUAAUAAACUAAGACAAACUUUAAAUAUUGUUAAGUGUGGUUAUUGACUUAAUUGUUUUAUAUAUUUAUAGUUAGUUAUUGCUGCAAUAGUUAUUUGAGCAUAAAUUAAUCUAAUAGAAUAGGCAACUAAUAGGUAGGAACAAGAUUAUACGGUGAAUUGUGAAAAUAACACUGCAAAAGCAAAGCAUUUCAUUACAGCAUAUAACAUUGAAAUGCAAGUUAACACAUCAUUUGACACCAAUCCCCAAGAUGAUGUACUUUUUGUAAUUUUAUAGAUAAAAUUACAAUAUUUUUGUUCUGGAAAAUUAGUGAAACAAUCAUUUAAUGGAUAGCAUGUUUCAACACCAUGGGUAAUAUUUUUCAUGUAUUUCACAUUAUUUUAUAUUUUAUACUUAAUACCUAGAUUAGAAUUCGAGGGGUAUGUUCGAGGUACUCUGUGGGAUUCGAAUUCGAGAAAAUUGUGAUUUGAACCAUUUAUAGUAAAUGUGUGUUGAGUAAAUUAAGGUGCAAAAUAUUAAAUGCAAGAAAGCUAUCAUGAAAAAUGUACAGGAAGAGCCCUAAGAUAAUGUAACAACAAUAAAACGAAAUACCCAACUUGGCGUAUGAAACUGCCAUAAAACAAAAAAUUGAGACAGAAAAAAUCAGCCAUUCUUCAUGUGUUCGUAUAAUUUUUUUAAAAUUUAAAUAAAUAAUUUUGAUUGUUUGCUUUUACAUUGCAAUUUUUUUUUAAGUCAGAUGUUAUAGUUUCUGAAUACAUUAUAAAUAAAUUAUUUAGCAUAGUUUGCUUGUAAACUGAAUUUCUGCUAUUUCAAGGGAAGUUACUUGUUACUGAAUAAUCAACACCGUUUUAUUUAGCAGAAUUUUUUGUUGUGAUUACCGGUCAUAAUUAGUUCUCCCAUUUGUAUGCAUUUAACAUAUUUUUUUUUGUCUAAAAUACAAAUUGGCAGGUGUACCAAUUACUAUUGAAAUUUUUCUUUUCCCGUAAUAAUUAUCUCUGGUGCAAUCUUUUUGGGUUAGCAAAACUCAAAGUAAAUAAAGUUAGUCAAAAUUAUUUACUUCUUAGCAUAGUUCAAAUUUUGUGAUAAAUUAUUGUUUACUCAUAUAUAUAAAUCACCAAAUACUAAACUUCAGUAUUCAUGUGGUUACAAAAAAUUAAAUUGUAACAAAUCUGAAACCAGUUUAGCAAUUUUUGUGGGUAAUUAAAUUUAAAAAAAAAAAUUCUUUCAAGUUUAUGAAAUGUUUGAACAUUGAGUGUACUGCAUUAAAGAGGAGUAAAUUCUGGGACCAAUAUGAUUUAUGUUGGUCAUUAGUAAAAAUCAGUGUGCUCAUAUGUAAAUUGUUCAAAGGUGCCAGGAAAUAUUUUAUCAAAUAGCAGGAAAUUGAAAGAGGAAAAUUUAUAGUAUGUAUUUAUGAAUGAAGUUGUAAUAUAUAGCCAUAUUCAUGCUUUUGUUACAAUUUAAUUUUUUUAUCGUAUGAUUUUUUGAAUUUUAGUUUUUGGCAAUAAAUAAUAUUGAGUUUCCUGUAAACAGAAUUCAUGAAUUUUACUGUGAAAUUAUUAUUUGUGAAUUUUAUUACUUCUCUAUUAACAAUAAGUAGUAAUAUUAAACUCCGUUCUUUUAUUCCGUGCAGAUUUGCAGAAAUAACUGGCACCAAUGUGCAAUUGUUUUGUUUUUGGCUCAAUUGUGAUAAGUGUAAAUAAAAAGUAAAGUGUUCACUAGUGCUAUAGCUUAAAAGUUUAAAACAAAACAUGGUAAUGUUCCAUGUAAUGGCUUCAGAUAACUGUUAGUAUGUUACAGGCAACAGAUGUGUGUGGGAUUAAUUGCCUCUCUUUCAUCUACUUUUUUAUUAAAGUAGUUUGUGUGAAGGAGAGUACACAGUACAGAAAAGCUGAUGUUGAAAAUAUUUUGUAUUUUUUUUUUUUUUGUGAAAAAGUGGGAAAUGUAAUCUCAUUUACAUUAACUUUACUUCAUCAUUGAAUAUAAAUAUUUUAAUAAUUCUAACUACAUAUAUAUUUAAUCUUUACUGCUAAGUAUAGUUUCUGUGCAAAAAUUAAUUUUAAUAUUUAUGAAUAUUUUAAUCACGAUAAUUGUGUUUAGUAUUUUAUACCUAUUGAGAUUUUUCAGUUUGACUGCUCUUGAGAUGACAGCAAUUUGAAUGUAUAUUAAAUGUGAUACAUUCUCUUUGAAAACAUUAUCUGGAAGGUAAACAGUUUAUAGCAAAUAUUUUAACGCAGCUUACAUGGCUCCUAAAUAAUACUAAAACAGUUUUCUUAAGGUAUAUGUAUUGUAUAUAUGUAAAGUGUGAUUUUAACUACCGUAUUCAGUUUCUGUGUAAGUCAUGUAUAUAUUACUGUAAAUUUUUUGAAUUGUAAAUACCAAAGCAAUUUACAAAACUUAACGGUUUUGCUAAUUUAACACAUAUAAAUUAGAUUAGGUGAAGAUAUAACUUUGUGAUAAACAAAAGCUAUGUAUUAUUUGAUAAAUACUUAAAUACAUAUGUGAUCGAAGAGAAAUAAUCAUGCGUACUAAUUAAAUUGGUAGCUUAUUUUUAUAGUGGAUGUUGGAUUUGUAAAUAGUGCUUACCCUAGAUUUAUGUUAACUAAUUCAAGUGUUGGACGCUUCAAAAUUCAAAUAUGGCGCCAUUUCGCUGCCAUUAACUCAAGCGAUCCUGGUGGCCAUCAGGAAAGACUCAGUGGUUCGUCUGGUACCGGCGUCAUCGGACGUCCGGCUAUCGUUUUUGACUUUCAUGUUAUCUGGUAACAGUUUCAGUACGAAACAUUUGGUCCUCCGGGCCGGAUCAAUCCGCUAACCGCGAUUACUGAGCUAUCGGGCUCAGUUCUAGUUACGUGGAGAGAUUCGGAGUGUUUGUUUGCGUCGUUCAUUGUACCGAGUCUCCUUUGUCCGUCGUUGCCCCGCCAUAAAAACGUGAACGGGUUAUCAUCUUAAUGUGCUAUUAGCUUCCAGUGGAAGGGAAGAUAACAACUGAGUGCGUAAGGGAAGAUAAGAACUGAGUGCGUAAGGGAAGAUAAGAACUGAGUGCGUAAGGGAAGAUAAAAAUUGCCUUUAUCACACUGACGGUGUUGGUGCUGACGAAGCCUUUUGUGUCGUGCCGCACUAUUAUUUCUUAUCUUUCCACGGUAACCAGAUACUGAUAAUGACCGGUCUGCUAUAAGAUUGCGUGUUUUCUAAGACUGGCGGUGAAAAUGACUUUGAAUUAUUAAGUAGACCGUUAACAUAGAUUUUGCCAAGUCUUUGUUCGGCAUUACUACACAUAUCGAUACAAAAUCGAUUCGCAGGACAUUGAAAAUCGAUUAUUUAAACACUACUCGGUUUAGAAUCGAUUUUAGUUAUAAAAUCGAUUUUAUAAACACCACUCGGUUCAGAAUCGAUUUUUUGCUGAAAAAUCGUUUACAUUUAAAUUUUUAGUUGGUGCUUCCAUUUUUGACUGAGUGUACUUAAGUAGAAUAAACACAACCAUGACUGACAGUGUUUCAGCUCUGGAGCGACGUCUGGAGCGUGCCGAAAACCGAUUACAGCGUGCCGCGGAUCUGGCCAAAAGGGUUACUACAGACACUUCCAAGCAGUCAUUAUUCUUUGCAACCUGUCGGGACUUAUCUCAGCUUCGUAAUGGGUUUGAAGAUGACCAUUUGGCUUAUGAAUUGGCAUGCAAGGAGCAAGUUGAUUUUGAUGACACAAGGCAUACAAGUAGGCUAAAUCACUUCGACUAUCUUUAUUAUGAAGUUAAUGCAAUCUGGGACACAUUAGUGCAGGAUUCUAAGAACCGGAACAAGGAAACACGUAAUCAAUGUGCAGCUGGGUCGUCACCCCGUCUGCCAGCUAUUGAUUUACCCCACUUUCAGGGUAAUCCAACAGAAUGGCUCAGCUUCUCAAAUCUGUUUGAGGCUCUAGUUGUAGACAACAGAAGUCUCACCAAUGUAGAGAGACUAUCUUACCUAAAGUCAUCUUUGUCUGGUGACGCGUUGGCAGUAAUUCAGGCAUUACCCUUGACUGAUUCGAACUAUAGUAUUGCUUGGGAACUACUGUCUAAGAGGUACAGUAACAAGCGCUUGAUUGUUUCAUUGCACAUUGAAGCAAUUAUGCAAAUACCAUCUGUGUCAUUAGAGGCCCCAGCAUCAGUGAAUAAGAUGAUGUCUCUUCUGGCAGAGCACAUUGCGGCAUUACGAGUGCUGGAUGUCAAUGUUGAAAAAUGGGACCCGCUGUUGCUGCAUAUCAUUGAAGCUAAGCUGGAUAAGGUUUUGCGUAACCAGUGGGAGCUGUUUAUUAAUGACAAGGGAGCAGAGUUACCCAAGCUUACCGAGUUUUUGUUAUUUUUAGAGGGUUAUCGCCGUGCAGCUGAGUCACAGCUAGUGACGUCUGGGAAAACCUUUAAGAGCAAGUCGUCUAUUUAUUCUAAGCCAGCUUCUAGAUAUGUGCAACAUCAGUCAUUCGCAGGAAACACUGUUUCCAAGUCAGUGAAGUGUGUCAUAUGCAGUGGACCUCACGAAAUCUACCAGUGCCCCAAGUUCCUUGAGUCAUCUCCAAAGGAAAGGUAUCAGAUGGUGAGGUCAGGAAACCUCUGUUUGAACUGCUUGCGAACGUCUCAUCAUGCAAGUGCAUGCCUUUCGUCUUCUCAUUGUCGGUCUUGUGACUCUCGACAUCACACACUACUUCAUUUUAGUGACAUGCGACCACAGUCACCAGACCAUGAUGGUGUGAAUGCGUUGUGUGCUUCAUCUCCUGGACAAUAUUUGGCUGCAUCCGAACUGCAUAAUCAAGAUAGUCCAUCUACGAUUUUGCUGUCCACUGCACUCAUAGAAAUUCCAGUCAGCUCUGGCAGGACUCACACAGUUCGAGCACUCUUGGACUCUGCCAGCCAAUCCAGCUUCAUGACAGAAGGUUGUGUGAAGAGGCUAGGCUUAAUACGUCGAAAGGCAGCUCUGCCAGUCUACGGUGUUUCCCAGGUACCAGUGCAUGUCGCUAGGGGAGUAGUUGACUGUUUAGUGAAACCAGUUGGUCAGGAGGGUCCGCGAUUGUCACUCACUGCCUUCAUUUUGCCUAAGAUCACUGGCUCACUGCCUACAACACAACUGAACCCUCAUUCAUGGGAUCAUCUUUCCCAUUUGCAACUAGCUGACCCUCACUAUGCACAGCCUGGGCCUAUUGAUGUGCUAAUUGGGGCAGAUCUGUUUCCCUAUGUGCUGAGCGGACGCACACUAAGUCUCAGUACCCAGGUCCCUGUAGCGAUUGACACUGUCUUUGGAUGGGUAGUGAUGGGGAGAGUACCCACAUCUGCAGUAUCGCUCAGUUGUGUAUCACUUCAUUCUAUUACACCAACACUUGACGACACAGUUCGGCAGUUUUGGGAGGUGGAAGAGGUUAUUGUACCCCCAAAGCCUUCCUCUGAGGACAUUCGAUGUGAACAGAUCUUUCUCGAGACUUGCAGAAGAGAUGAGAAUGGUAGAUAUAGUGUGGCCUUACCUUUCAAGGAGCCUUCACCUCAUUUUGAGGAAUCACGUGUUCAAGCACUAAAACGUUUUCACUACCUUGAACGCAAGAUGAACAAAAACCCUCAUUUUAAGGCAUCCUAUGUAGAAUUUAUGUCAGAUUACAUUGACCAGGGUCAUAUGUCAAUGGUUCAAGAACCCCAGUUGACUACACCGUCGUUUUAUAUUCCGCAUCACGGAGUUUUGAAACCAGACAGUAGUACAACAAAGUUACGUGUGGUCUUUGAUGCAUCGGCCAAGGACAGCAAAGGAACUUCUCUGAAUGAUCAAUUACUUACGGGACCCAAACUGCAGAGAGACAUAGCUGACAUUCUUCUCUCAUUUCGAGAUCAUGCAGUUGCAUUUACUGCUGACAUACGACAGAUGUACCGUCAGAUUCUAGUUCAAGAGGAAUUCCGCGACUGUCAACGAAUUCUGUGGCGACCAUCUGAUGAUGAUCCAGUUUGUGAGUACAGGCUCAACACUGUUACCUAUGGCGUGUCAUCUGCACCCUACCUUGCUAUCCGCACACUCCAUCAACUGGCUGCAGAUGAGAAAGAUAGAUUCCCUCGGGCAUCAUCAGUCCUCCUAAAAGACACGUAUGUUGAUGAUGUUGUAACUGGAGCACCCAAUGCACGUGAGGCUAUCUCAUUGCAAAGAGAGUUAAUUGACCUCCUCAAGGCUGGUGGUUUUCAGUUGCGAAAAUUUGCCAGUAAUGAUUUAUCUCUGCUCUCUUGGCUUUCCGAAGACUUGGUGCAGGGCAGCAAGGCUCUCCCCUUGGACAACACUUGUGGACUUCCCACCGUCAAAAUAUUGGGUCUGCAGUGGCAAUCUGAAGUGGAUGCAUUCGCUUACAAUGUUCAACCUACUUCCUCGACAGCUACGAAGCGGAGCAUACUGUCCGACUUGGCGCGAAUAUUUGACCCUCUAGGUUGGCUGUCACCUGUGGUCCUGCUUGCAAAAUGCCUCAUUCAGCACUUGUGGAUUCGAUGCAUAGAUUGGGAUGACCCUCCUCCUGCCGACAUCCUUGCAACGUGGCAGCGGUUCCAGCGAGAGCUUCCUAGUCUGGCUAGCAUCACUAUUUCAAGAUUUGUCCCAGUGACCCAAAGAGAACUCUUACUAGAGAUCCAUGGAUUCUCUGAUAGUUCGGAGCAAGGUUAUGCGGCAGUUGUUUAUCUCAGAGCCACUUCACCUGAUGGCUCAGUAUCUGUAUACCUUCUGGUUGGAAGGUCAAAGGUAGCCCCAAUUAAAAGAGUGUCAUUGCCUCGCCUGGAACUCUGUGGUGCUUUGCUGCUUGCUCGCACAAUGCAUAGAAUCUUGCAAAAUUAUGGACCUCAUGUGAACCUAGACCAAAUAUUUGCCUGGACAGACUCUACAGUUGUCCUCCACUGGAUCCGUGGAUCACCUCAUAAAUGGAAAACUUUUGUUGCAAAUCGUGUCGGCCAAAUCCAUGACCUUGUCCCAGCAAAGCACUGGAAUCAUGUGUUGUCAGACAGCAACCCGGCUGAUUGUGCCUCUAGGGGCUUGUUUCCAAGUGAGAUAGCUGACCACUCGCUGUGGUGGACCGGUCCAUCAUGGCUGUAUAAGCCACCAGAGGAAUGGCCACAACUCACCGGCUUGAUGGACAGCAUGGACGAAACAGUGAUGGAACAACGGAUCUUUACCUUGCAUAGUGUCAACCCUCUGGCAGACACUACGCUGCUGGAAAGGUUCUCAUCUUUAAGCAAGGUCAAACGCAUUACGGCCUAUUGUCUCCGCUUUGUGCAACGUUUGCGCUUCAAGAAACUUCCCCCCCGUAGUCCACCAGAUGCUAAUGAGCUUAAAGAUGCCAUGAUGGUAUGGGUUCGUUUAGCCCAGGCUUCAGCAUUCGCAUCUGAUAUCAAAGCUCUGCAAGCUAACCAACCAUAUCGGGGUCCACUCUUCAAGCUGUCUCCCUUCUUGGAUCCUGCUGGCAUUCUCAGGGUGGGCGGACGUUUGGAACUAUCAGACUUGGCUUACAACCAACGACAUCCAAUUCUACUGCCCAAACACCACAGAUUGACAGACCUUGUAAUUGACCACCUUCACAUCCAUCUGAUGCACUGUGGUCCCACCAUACUACAGUCUGCUGUGCAACGUGACUUCUGGAUUGUAGGUGCUCGGGGCCUCAUUCGUCAACGGCUGAAGAAGUGUACUUUAUGCUUUCGAGUUCGCCCUGUGCCUCGAAACCCACCCAUGGGUAAUCUUCCAGUCGAUCGUGUCACACAAGCCAAGCCAUUUCUCAAGACAGGAGUCGACUAUGCUGGACCCUUUAAAAUCACCAUGUCCCGACUGCGGAAGGCCCGCAUCCAGGAUGCCUACUUGUGCCUGUUUGUAUGCUUUGCCACCAAGGCAAUCCACUUGGAGCUGGCCUCUGAUCUGACGACAGAUGCUUUCAUAGCUGCCUUUCGCCGUUUCUUGUCUCGUCGGGGGCGAUGCUCUGACCUUCACAGCGAUUGCGGGACUAACUUUGUCGGUGCCAGUCGCUUGUUGACUGGACUAAGAGCCUUCAUGUCAAGCAAGGAUACACAUGACUCCUUUGCUCAGUCGCUGGUUGAACACCAAGUUACCUGGCAUUUCAAUCCCCCAUCAGCACCACAUUUUGGAGGCCUGUGGGAGGCAGGUGUAAAGUCUGUGAAGUCUCUCCUCAUAAAGAGUGUAGGUGCUCAGGUACUCACUUAUGAAGAAUUAUACACUCUCAUGACACAAGUGGAGGCCAUUCUCAACUCACGGCCUCUGUGUGCUCUCUCAAAUAAUCCAAACGACAUGGCUGCUCUGACACCCAGUCAUUUUCUAGUCUUGGGGCCUCCUGCACUAGUGCCCGAACCAGAUUUGUCCCACCUCAAGCUAAAUCGUUUGUCUCGAUGGCAACUCAUCCAGCAAGCGCAUCAGUCAUUCUGGAAGCGCUGGCACCAGGAUUAUCUACAACAGCUGCAGCAACGACCCAAGAGCCUAACUGACCAAGACAUCCUCAGUGUUGGCACCUUGGUUCUCAUCAAAGAUCCGAAUCUACCACCAUUGUGCUGGAAGUUAGGCCGUAUUGUGAAGACUUUUCCUGGCUCAGAUGGUGUCGUGAGAGUGGCUGAGGUGAAGACCCAACAAGGCACCUUUCUACGGCCUGUGGUGAAGCUGUGCCCGUUGCCCGCCCAAUAAAUGUUUAAAAUAUGCAUUUUGGUGGGCGGUAUGUUGGAUUUGUAAAUAGUGCUUACCCUAGAUUUAUGUUAACUAAUUCAAGUGUUGGACGCUUCAAAAUUCAAAUAUGGCGCCAUUUCGCUGCCAUUAACUCAAGCGAUCCUGGUGGCCAUCAGGAAAGACUCAGUGGUUUGUCUGGUACCGGCGUCAUCGGACGUCCGGCUAUCGUUUUUGACUUUCAUGUUAUCUGGUAACAGUUUCAGUACGAAACAGUGGACUUAACAUGUUUUAUUGUUUGUGUGUGUGUGUAUAUGGUAAUAUAUUUUCCUCAUGACUGUAAUUUGUCCUGUCCAUGUGUUUUCUAAAGGAUUUUAUGUUAAGCUUUUUUACAAAGCAUGUUAAAACAUUGGUAUUGACUAAUGAAAUGCAAUGUUACUAAGGUUUCUUUUUGUUUGAUGUGCAGUGCAAUAAUUAGUGAUGUUAUUUGCAUACCUCAUAGUGAAUAUUUUUGUUAAAUUGUACCAUGUUUUUCUUUCUGUCUUAAAAGUAAUGAUUUUGGCAUGCUCUGACUUAAACUCAAAAACUAUUUAUAUUCAUGCUUUUUUUACUUAUUACUUAAUGGAAUAUUCAAUUACGGGAAAAAGAAUACUCUCCUGCUUAGUGAACCAUGAACAUAUACUUCCCUUAUCUGCACCGAGCAGACUUUGCAUGAUCGGGUGCAGUAGUGGGCAGUUUACUGUCUGAUGAUUGCCUUGCGGUUUCCAUAUCACUUUACAUGUGUACUGUUUCAUUGUUUUCUGAAAUCAAAAUUUUAUUUUAUUUUAUUUAUUCAUUUAUUUUUUUUGCUAAAAUCAUUGUGACUAAUUAGUAGGGGGACAAGAUUUUAUGGUGAUUUACGGUAACACCGAGGAGCAUGUCUGUGCACCGUCACCUUAAAAUUAAGCAUCAGGUAUGUUAAACUUUACUUGAACUACAAAAAUUUAAUUAUUUACUUAGUACUUGUGUAAGUUUGUACCAAAAUAUAUGAACCAAAUUGGUAAAAAAUAUUUGUUGGAUAGUGCAUCUCUUGUUCGUACAUAUUGGUACAUGUUUCAAACACACAAACGUUUACUGAUUUAUUUUAUUUUUAUUGUUUUGAGUAAAUUCGUUCUAAACUUGUUUAUUAAAUAUUACUUUGUUUCAAAAAUUAUGCAUGCCUGUCAAAAUUAAACUAUUUUUGGUGGAAGGAAAAUUUAGAAAAAUCUGUGUGAUUUUUGUUGUAAACAAGCAAAAUUUAUUAAAAUGUAAGCACCACCAAAAUCUCCUGGUUUAAAAAAAAUUGUUCUAAGAAUAAAACCACAGAAUCUUCUCUAUUAAUUAGCCUUAAGUGUGUUUUUUUGUAAAAGUUACAACUGAGUUAAGCUGGAUUUAAGAUUUGCAUGUAAACAUGCUUAAAACAUUGUAGGUAGUUUGUAUCAGCGUUUUAUUUGUCAUUGAAAUCCACUGAAUUCCACCAAAUCAUUUUUCAAGAAAGCCAAUGAAUGAAGUUCUACCAUGUAUUAGCAUUUAACAUUUCAGAACAUGUAUCUUAAAAAUAUGAACCUUUAAUUUUCCUGUACAAGAUAUGCAUGCAAUUUUCUCUGGUAUUGAACCUCUGGUUAUAAAAUUGUUGUCAUUACAGCUGCAGUUGUUGAAUGUUUUUCUCCAGUUCAUAAAUCAUAAAUGCUGUAUUGUCACUAACAGCUUAGUCAUUGAUGCUUCUCAAGUCUUCCAAGCACGUCUGAACGUAUCCAGGAGUGCUCGAUUGUGCUUCAUCAGCUGUGCUUGCCAAUAGAUGCAAUAGUGUCUCCUUCCCAGAAUUUUUGCUGCCAGUUUACAUAAGGUGUUAGACUGCUAAAUGUUAGCGAGCGUAGUAUUGGUGUGUAUUCCAAUGCCUUCGAAACUGCAAGUCUUACUUUUGAUAUUGAAAAAUAUAACAUAUUCUAUUUGUAGGACGAGUGCUCAAGAAAGUCUUAAGAUUGUUAAUGUAAAGUAUGUUAGUAACAGUAAUAUUUAAAACCUUUUUUUUUUUUUUACUUGUUUAAGGUAUUGGGUUAUAAAUUUUGAACAUUGAUGAUGGGAGAGAUGUUAUCUUUCUUUUGCUUUUUUUUUUUUAAUGAAAAAAGUUGUUGAAUAAUUAUUAAUUUUUGAAAAUGCUGGUUUAUGUGAUAGCUGCACCAAAUUCCUGACUCUUGCUUCUGUAGAAUGUUUGUGAAAAUUGUGUACAGAAGUUUGAACAUUUUAAAUAGCAGUGUUAAAAUAGAAUGUUACCGUAUUUAUCCAUCUAUGGGUUGCACAUUUUAUGUCGAUUCUUUGUUUAAUUACAUGUACCGCAAAUCUUAAGCUUUUUUUUUUUUUUCAUUUUGGGUAAAAAAGAAAUUAACAUUGCACUGUGUGGUCAAAUCAGUGUAUAAGUAACUAGACUAUGUUGGUUUUUAAUAAAUAUGUUACGAGUAAGUAUAAAUUGCUUAAUUAAAAUAGAUCAGCAGUGCAUGUUGGUUUUUAAUAAAUAUGUUACGAGUAAGUAUAAAUUGCUUAAUUAAAAUAGAUCAGCAGUGCGUGUAAAACAUUAUGAGCUGUGCCGUUAUAAUAUGUCUGCCGCUUGUUGGGUGGCUACCUGGCCGGUGCCAGCAAGCGACGGCAAGUGACGUGACCUUCUGCCACGGGGGCUGGCAUCUGGCAGGACGGGUAAAUCUAUAAAUAAACCAGCCGUAGACUGAGUAAAGGGGGUUGGGGGGGGGGUGUAUGUUUGUGUGUGAGUGCCUGUACCCAUGCAGCAGUGUUUAUGGUUCUCCCUUCCUCUCUCAUCGUUGUAAAUGUCCGUCAACUGGCACCGUAUACAGUCAUCACAUCUAUCUCGACAGAUUUUUGUGACGCAACUGUAACGUAAGAUUUCCCAGUUUUCUAGAACAACAUUCGACAAAACUACUGAAAAAGGGGGGAACUGACAAAAAUAUUUAGCAGCAUAAUAUCUUUUUUCUCUUUGGGAAGAAGAUGGUUGAAAAAAAAAUAGAUGGGAAGAGAAACACAAGUAUAAAAAAAUAGUACUAUUCUUGGGCCAUAAAGGAUGAAAAGGGGAGAGACAGGGACCAUAAAAACUUCACUUCUAUUUUACUGGAGACAGUUAUAUGGUGCGAUUCUUAUUUGAGGGUAACUCUUAUGGUGCAAAUGUUUGAUUUUUUUUUUACCCAAAAUUAGAGGAGCACCCCUUUGUUGGUUAAAUGCGGUAUUUUACACCUUAUAUACAGGUAAAAAAAAUUGUCAGAAGUAAUAAUUUUUAAUUUUAUUUUAAAUGGUAUAACAAAAAAAAUACUCUUGUCAGGUAAUGUUGAUUUGUAUUGUUGCGAUUUUUUAACUAACAUCUGUAUUUGUACAAAGGUAUUAAAAAUAUUUGUAAAAUGUUUUA